GGGCGGGCCGCGGGGCGGGGCUGUGCCUGCUCCCGCCCUGUGACGCCCCGCCGGAAGCGGGCGCGGCGGAGCCGCCGGUGCCGGUGGCGGCAGUGCCGCCAUGGAGUUCCCGGACCUGGGCGCGCACUGCUCCUGGCCCGCCUGCCAGCGCCUGGACUUCCUUCCUCUCAAAUGCGAUGCCUGCGAGCAGAUCUUCUGCACCGACCACAUCGCUUAUGCCCAGCACGAUUGCACCUCUGCCUACAAGAAGGAUGUGCAGGUCCCGGUGUGUCCCCUCUGCAACACGCCAGUCCCUGUGAGGCGGGGGGAGAUGCCUGAUGUUGUGGUGGGUGAGCACAUUGACCGUGACUGCAAGUCUGACCCCGCACAGCGCAAGCGCAAGAUCUUCACCAACAAGUGUUUGAAGCCUGGCUGCAAGCAGAAGGAGAUGAUGAAGGUGAUCUGUGACCAGUGCCACAAGAACUACUGCCUCAAGCAUCGGCACCCCCUGGACCAUGACUGCAGUGGGGCAGGGCAUCCCCUUUCCAAAGCAGGGCAUGCUGCAGUUACCAGAGCUCAGGCAUCUUCCUCCAAAAUAGUCACCGCAUCAAGCAGUGGAGCUGCCCGGCCAGCAGACAGCUCCUCUUCCCUGGCCUGUGCCAGAGCGAGGAAGAGGCACUGCAGCGAGCUCUGGAGAUGUCCCUGGCAGAGUCGGCACGCAGCUCAGCACAGCAACCCAGCAGCACACAGGAGGAGGAGGAUCUGGCACUGGCCCAGGCACUGUCAGCGAGCGAAGCCGAGUACCAGCAGUCGCAGCGGCAGGCACACGGUUCAAAGCCAUCCAACUGCAGCAUGUCGUAGGCAGGUGAGGCGGGGUGUGCCAGCAGACACAGCAUCCUGCUUGUGACCCGAGGAGCGGCUCUGGCCUCCCACAUGGAUGCCAUGGGGUUCUGUCCUGGACACUGGUACCAAGAGCCCCUUGCCAAGGACAGCUCAUCUCCCUGGGAGCUGAAAGCAACCAAAUAUACACUGACACUUCAGCCCUAGUACGUAUAUAAAAUUAGUGCAGCGAAUUGCUGAUGCUCCUGGGGAGGUGAAGAGUGCACAGGAUGGAGCUGGGUACACACUGACCAAAGCAAGCAGCAGCCCAGGGUCUGCACUUACCUGCAGUUGCCACGGCCGUGUCCCAAUACUGCUGGGACUGUGGGGAGAGGGCACAGCUGUGUGGGGAUGUCUCUGCACGUUCAGACAUACAGCUGGAAUGUAGCUGGCUUCUGUAGUGGGGGGCUGGAUUCCAUGCUCUGAGGAGGGCUGUGCCAGCCCCUCAGCAAAGAGCAAAUGUGCUGGGAUCGUAUCUUGCCUGGGCAUGGCACAGCUGAAUGUGUGUGCACAGCUUGCCUGUGUGGCACAGCCUCCCAGCAGUGUGAAAGCAGCCCCUUCCCUGCUCCCCACACCCUCAGGUGCCUCCCUGCUGUUUGCAUGUACAAGAGCACGUUGGGCCUUGCCUUGCUCGGCUGGGGCACAAGACCUCUCUGAGACUGAAUGGAGCUGCAUUUCCUUUCUGGUUUAAUAUAAUAAGUAACCUUGGCAGUGACUUGAAUGGCAGCGUCACUCACAUGGGAUGGUUGCAGCUCCCUUCCUGCUGCCCUAAACUUAAACAGGGCCCUGUUUAAAUGCUGCUGGGGUAGGAAUGCCUCAUUUCUUCCAGUUGUGUUGCUGGGGAUCCCCUCCUGGAUAGCAAUAGCACAGAACCCCUCCUUACAAACAAAGCCCUGAGCCUAGAGCCUGGUUGGGCAGAGGGGAUUUGUCCUGCUGGCCUCCUGCAGUGAGUCUGCAGCCAUGCAGAGCUGUGCUGCUUUCCCACCAGCAGCUGUAACCAUUCCUGCAGGGCUGUGCCUGGUUCUGCACAGGACUGGGCUGUCCUGCUCUGAGCAUCUGAGGGAGGGGGGGUUCAGGCUGGGUCCAGGGAAUGCUGAGACUUGUCAAAGUGCUGCUUGGGAGAGAAUAAAAGCAUAGCAUAAGGUA